GUCGAUGACGUCACGAAGACAGUAUGGCCGGACAGCAUCGGCUGUCUGCAUUGUAACGUACGAGAAACGCUUUCCGGGGGUUCCACGGGGAUAAUUUAAAGGAAAUAUGUCGGAUUAUUUAAGAUCUGCUCUGGGAUACUUGAACGGUGCCGGAAACACCAACGAUUACGUCGGACAAAUACUGGAAAUCAACAAUGUGAAACUACGCGUGACCAGACUACUUGCCGAGGGUGGUUGGGCUUUGGUAUUUGCAGUUGAAGAUGUAAAUACAGGAAAAGAAUAUGCACUUAAGAGGCUCAUAGCUGUAGACGAAGAUGCCAAUAAAAGCAUCAUUCAAGAAAUAGAAGUCUUGAAAAGGCUGUCUGGUCACCCAAAUAUAAUCCAGUAUCUCUAUGCUCAGCGUUUGGAACGCGAAGAUCGUAAAGGAUACGAGUAUUUAUUAGUAACGGAACUAUGUCCCGGAGGCACCGUCGCAGACGUACUCAGAAGUUUAUCGACCAACACGUUGUCCCUUGCGCAAAUCUGUAAAAUCGGCUACCAGGCUACGAGGGCUGUGCAUCACAUGCACAGCCAGCAACCGGAGCCACUGGUACACAGGGACAUAAAAUUGGAAAAUUUUUUAAUCGGUAGCGACGGUCUGAUCAAGCUCUGCGACUUUGGUAGCACUUCCAAUCAGCAAAUCUUGCCAAAUCCAUCUUGGAAUGCUCAAAAACGCGCCACCUUGGAGGACCAGAUGGCGAAAUACACCACACCCAUGUAUCGAGCACCAGAGAUGAUGGACACGUGGAAUAACGAGCCUAUUGGUCCUCCGGUUGAUUGUUGGGCGCUUGGCUGUAUAAUAUACUCUCUGAUAACUCUGAGACAUCCAUUUCCUGAAGGUAACAAGCUCGCAAUAGUCAAUGGCAAGUACGCUUCGCUUCCGCCUAAUCCACGUUUAGCCUGUCUGCACGACAUAGUAAAGGGAUGCCUUGAAGUGUCUCCAGUGCGAAGAUUGACCACGUCGAUGAUACUGGAGCGUUUAGCAGCGAUAGCCGAAUCUAAUAACUUCGAUCCCAGAGAACCCCCGAAAGUGGAAGUUCCGGUGAAGACCCCACCACCUCCCAGACCUGUUCAACCACCACCCAGCACGCCUACUCCGCCUCCGAGGCCAUCUCCUCCAGUGAACGCACCUCCCCCAAAGCCUGCUUCGGCGGCUCAAACUGCCGUUGCCAAGAUCCCCGUAGCUCAACCGACAGGCCUAUUUAGCUCGUUGAAAGGCGGUGCUGGUAGUAUUUUAAGGAACCUAAAGGACACUUCAAGCAAAAUGAUGUACUCUAUGCAACAGAGUAUGGCCAGAACUGAGUUAGACGCCAGUUACUUAACGUCACGUAUAUUAAUCAUGCCCUAUCCGGCGGAUGGGAUAGAGUCUGCUUACAGAGCUAACCACGUGGAGGACGUAAGAGCAUUUUUACAAGCUCGACAUCCUCCGCCAGCUCGCAUACAAUUGUAUAACUUGUCUCGUGGCCGACCGAACGUGUCCAGGCUUCCUGGUAGGCACAUCGACUGUUCGUUUGCCUAUGCUUCCUCGGAUUCUAAUGCCCCGCUGUUGUCAGCCCUCUACCAAAUAUGUCAGGAUAUUUAUCGGUAUUUGAAUGCCGAUUUUAAUCACGUUGUUGUGUUAUAUUGUAGCGAUGGAUACAGAGCCAGUGCGACGGUCGCGUGUACGUUAUUGAUUUACGCUAGAGCGUUCACCAGCCCCGAAGAAGCUAUAGCGAUGUUUACAACAAGACGGCAGCCUCCUCAGUUGCAACCCUCGGAAUUACGUUGCAUUAAUUAUAUGAGCUUACUGAGUACCGGUAUACAGCCUCAUACGAAGCCCCUAGCCCUUCGUUCGUUAGUAAUUAAACCCGUUCCGCUGUUUACCAGAGCAAAGGAUGGUUGUAGACCUUAUAUAGACAUUUACAGCAACGGAGCUUUAGUAUUUUCUACUAAACGGCAAGAGUACGAGAAUUUGAAACUGUUUGGAAUAAUGAAGGGAAAGGUUCAACUAGCUCUUAAUAAUGCCACCGUUAGAGGCGAUGUUACACUGGUUAUAUUCCACGCCAGACAGCAGCUGGGUCGUAUGAUCGGCAUCAAAAUUGCCUCUGUUCAUUUUCACACCGGUUACAUACCGUUUGGUGAAUCUGACUUAACAUUCAAGAAAAAGGAUCUCGACGACGCGCCUGAAAUUGGCGGAAAUUUUAGUGUUAUUUUGGAUAUCGUGGUAGCCGAGGAGAAUCCAAAAAUGGCUAGAGUUCCAGCUCCUUGGGAAGCGGAAGCAGCCUCGAAAUUGGAACCAGAUCCAUUAUUCGGGUCCACCUUGGAAAUGGAAGAAACUUUGGAGAGCUUCAGAACUGCUAAACCAGAAGAGGUUCAAAAGGAAGCGGCAGCUUCGCAAGCGGUAGAAGCGCCAGAAAGCAAUGUUAACGUAGUGCAAGAAGAGCCUCGACAAUCGGUAGAGGACGAAGAAGAGGAAACAAAGGAGGAAAGCAAGCUGCAAGAAGCAGAUUUGUUGAAUCUGGGAAUGCCAGACACCAGUACCUUAAAUAAUACUCCAGAGGCUGCAGCAGCAAACCCGGAAUUAGAUAUAUUUUCUAACUCUAGUCAGAAAGAAAGCGAUCUCUUGGGAGGCUUCGGUGAUUUUAUUCAGCGAGAAACGAAUAACACCGUGCCCACCAUUACCGAUCCUGUCCAGAAUGAUCUGCUUUUUGGACACGAUCAGCCUACUACUAGGAACGAUAAUACUAAUAAUAAUUUGAACGAUUUGUUCUUCAACCAGAGCCAGCCCACUACCAAGCAGAACCUCGACGAUUUGUUCGAUCCACUCGGUGGAAAUACAGCGAACAAUCUUUUAGGAAGUAUGCAAGGUUCUAAACCGAAUACCGCGAAAUCUCCGGCUGAGGAGAACUUUCCGAGGAAUUCGAGCGUUCCGAACUUCGCAGCUCAGAAUAAGGAUCCGUUUGCGAACCUUGCCAGUUCGCUGGGCGCUGGAUUAACGUCCAGUUGGAAUGGGACACCGAGAAACUCCAAUACUCCACAAUCCGCUAGUCCUGCUCCAGCUAGCACGCCGAUACACACGAGCCCCAACACGCACAAAAAUGCAACCAGCGAGAGUAAUACCGCUGCUGCUGCUGCUGCUACUGCUGCUGCUGCUGCUGACAAUUGUGCAACAAGCAAUAAAACGAACAAAUCGAGCGGAGAUGCCUUUGAGGAUCUGUUAGGUAGUCAAGGAUACAAUUUCUUCAGUUCAAGGAAAGCGGAGAAGGACAGUCCGAAGACAAUAAAUCAAAUGAGGAAAGUAGAAGCUGCGAAGAACAUGGAUCCGGAUAGGUUGAAGAUUGCCGAAUGGACAGAAGGAAAGAAGGGUAAUUUAAGAGCUCUCCUGUGCUCGUUGCACACGGUUCUCUGGCCAGAAGCUGACAGGUGGCAACGGUGCGAGAUGCACCAGUUGGUUUCCCCUGCGGAUGUGAAGAAAGCUUACAGGAAAGCUUGUUUGGCUGUACAUCCCGAUAAGCAAGCAGGAACAGCGAACGAAAAUAUUGCGAAAUUAAUUUUCAUGGAACUAAACAAUGCAUGGAGCACAUUCGAGAACGACGCGUCACAACAAAAUCUAUUUAGUUAAUUAUUCCGAUUUGACUGUUAUACACUUGUUAUGUCCACGAAAUUAAGGUAGUUCCUAGUGAAAAGAGAGACCCGAGAAUAUUAUUAAUUACUAUUAAUUGUAAGAUAUUAACUAUAUUAUUAUUAAUUGUAAGACAUGACUCUUCGUGUUGCAACAUUCCGGCUAAUGUUAUCUUAGCUGUAGUAAAAGAAAAAAAGAGAUAAGUAUGGGAUUAUAGAGAAUGCAAAUUUUUGGAAAAAAAAAAGAGAAAACUGCAUUUGAAUAGUUACCUGUAUACAUGCAUCUCUUUACCAUAU